AUGUCGUCAAGUUUGGAACGCUAUGUAAGCGAUAACUCUCUCCGACUUUUCGGCAUUGCAGAUCGUAGCAUGAUUGACUAUGUCAUAGCAUCAGCGGCUUCGUCCAAAACACCUGAAAACCUGUUCUCAGCGUUGAACGCUUCUGGUUUGCCCGACACCCCGGAUGCCCAUGCAUUCACUUCUGAAUUAUUCUCAAGAGUACCGAGGAAACACAAACACAGACAUUCCACUGCCGACAGUGCUCGAAAACAAGCGGAAAAGGAUGCUAAAGCCCUACGUUCGCAGAAGUUCGGUUUCAUGUUGGAGGACGAGGGAGACAGCACCGACCUGAUUGUAGCGAAGAAGGACAAGGGGAAGGAGAAGGAGAAGGAGAAGGAGAAGAGGGAGAAGCAUAUUCGGAAGCGGGAGUACGACGAGAAGGAAUGGGAGAGCGACGACGAGGAGAAAGCUCGGAAGCGUUGGAGAGGUGACGAAGGGGCAGAGCCGUCCGGGUCACGGGGAAAGGAGGAUGAAAUGGAGAUUGAAAUCCCUGAAGACGAAGAGGCGCGAAAGGAACGGGAACGGUUGGAGGACUUACGCGACCGUGAUGCCUUUGCGGAGCGUAUUCGUGACCGGGAUCGAGAAACGACGAAGAAAGUGGUCGAGGAUAGGUCCUCCAAGGCUACAGGGGCCGCUGCGGAAGCUGCUCAACGACGACAGCUUGCUGAUGAUUCGGAGGCUCGCAACAAUGCUCUCCCAUCACUACGAUUGCAUUCACGUCAGGAAUACCUCACCAAACGUGAAAUCCAGCAAAUAGAACUUCUACGCAAGGAGAUUGCAGAUGAUGAAGCCCUCUUCUCUGGCAUGGAGAUCUCCAAGCGAGAGAAACGCGACCUAGAGCGCAAAAAGGAACUGCUGAAACUUGUCGAGGAACGCCUCAAAAUUAAUGACAAGUACGAGGGCUACCAACUGCCUGAAGACUACAUUACAGAGCAAGGAAAAAUCGACAAGAAGAAGAAAGAAAAUGCCCUAUAUCAGCGUUAUGAAGAAGCGAAACCCAAAGACGACCAAUUCGUCACGGACAUUGAUCAGUGGGAGGCAAGUCAAACGCGAAAUAGCACCUUCAAAUCUGGUGCUUUGGACAAGAAGGAAAUGGUCGACGACUAUGAUUAUGUCUUCGAUGAAACCCAGACCAUCAAGUUCGUCAUGGAGUCCUCUCUCCCUGGGGUCGGUAUGAGUGCGGCUGAAAAAUUGCUUCAGGCUCAGAUCGACGAAGCGGAAAAAAGAGCCAAGACUAUCGAGGAGACUCGAAAGUCGCUUCCGAUCUACGCUUACAAGGAACAGCUGAUAGAGGCUGUAAAGGAGCACCAGGUUCUCAUCGUCGUAGCAGAGACUGGUUCGGGCAAAACGACCCAGCUUCCUCAAUACCUUCAUGAAGCUGGCUUCACUACCAACGGCAUGAAAAUCGGAUGCACACAGCCUCGUCGUGUUGCUGCGAUGUCUGUCGCUGCUCGUGUUGCCGAGGAAAUGGGAACCAAAGUUGGCUAUGAGGUCGGAUACUCAAUACGUUUCGAGGAUUGUACCAGCGACAAGACCGUGUUGAAGUAUAUGACGGACGGCAUGCUUCUGCGAGAGUUCCUGACGGAGCCAGAUCUCGCUGGUUACUCUGCUCUUAUCAUCGAUGAAGCCCAUGAACGAACUCUGAGUACGGAUAUUCUGUUCGCUCUCGUUAAGGAUAUUGCACGGUUCCGCCCUGAACUACGUUUACUCAUUUCGAGUGCCACCAUGGAUGCUGACAAGUUCAGUGAAUACUUCGAUAACGCUCCCACAUUUUACGUUCCUGGCCGUCAAUUCCCAGUCGACAUUCAUUACACACCACAACCCGAAGCCAACUAUCUUCAUGCGGCCAUCAUCACUGUUUUCCAGAUCCAUAAAACGCAACCCAAGGGUGAUAUUCUGGUCUUCUUGACGGGUCAAGAAGAGAUUGAGGCAUGUCAAGAAAGUCUCCAAGAAACAGCUCGUGUCCUAGGCAACAAAAUAGCGGAGUUAAUCAUAUGUCCAAUCUACGCGAACUUACCUAGUGAAAUGCAAGCCAAGAUCUUCGAACCAACACCUGAAGGUGCACGAAAGGUCGUUAUUGCCACGAACAUCGCUGAAACGUCUAUCACGAUCGACGGGGUGGUAUUUGUGAUUGAUCCUGGAUUUGUCAAGCAAAACUCGUACAAUCCAAGGACAGGAAUGUCCUCUCUUCUUGUUGUUCCGUGCUCUCGUGCCUCCGCAAAUCAGCGGGCAGGCCGAGCCGGUCGUGUCGGCCCCGGAAAGGCUUUCAGACUGUACACGAAGUGGGCUUUCGCUAAUGAAUUGGAGGCAAACACCGUGCCAGAGAUCCAAAGGACGAACCUCGGAAUGGUUGUGCUGUUGCUUAAGUCGUUGGGGAUUAACGAUCUCAUUGGAUUUGAGUUCCUUGAUCCUCCGCCUGGCGAGACGCUCAUGCGUGCUCUCGAGCUUCUUUAUGCUCUCGGUGCCCUGAAUGAUCGAGGAGAGUUGACGAAGCUGGGUCGUCGUAUGGCUGAAUUCCCUGUGGACCCGAUGCUGUCGAAGGCGAUCAUCUCGAGCGAGAAGUAUUCGUGUACUGACGAAGUUCUGACGAUUAUUUCAAUGCUUUCCGAAUCCGGCUCUCUCUUCUACCGCCCUAAAGACAAGAAACUGCAUGCAGAUCAAGCACGCCAGAACUUCGUGCGACCCGGUGGUGACCACUUCACACUUUUGAACGUUUGGGAGCAAUGGGCGGAAACGAACUACUCUCAACAGUUCUGCUACGAGCAAUUCUUGCAGUUCAAGAGCUUGAGUAGAGCACGCGACAUUCGCGACCAGUUGGCGGGGCUGUGUGAGCGAGUCGAGGUGGUAAUACAGUCAAAUCCCAAUUCCAACGAUAUAUCGCCAAUACAGAAGGCUAUUACAUCCGGAUACUUCUACAAUACGGCACAACUGCAGAAGAGUGGCGACUCAUACCGAACCCUGAAAACAAACCACACUGUCUACAUCCACCCGUCUUCUAGUUUGUUCCAGCACCAGCCACCAGUCAAGACUCUUCUAUACUACGAAUUGGUGAUGACAAGUAAAUCUUACAUGAGGAUGGUCAUGGAAAUCAAGCCAAACUGGUUAUUGGAGGUUGCCCCUCACUACUUUAAGCCUGCCGACCUGGAACAACUGGCGCAAGGAGAUAAGAAAAUGCCGAAGACAGUCGGAGCAGCCAGCAGCACAGCAACACCUUCAUAG